ACACAUCUAAACCUGUUUGUAGUAGUGAAGAAAUAAUUCUUUUGUAGUAUAUGUUGAUUUAACUUUAAAAUUAUCUACGCCAUGUUAAAUUCAAAGAAAAGAAGUUCCGCUGCAUCUACACAAAAUGUGAAAGUAGUAGUAAGAAUAAGACCUCUGAAUCCACAAGAGUUAGAUGAUCAUGUGAAGCCUAUUUUGAAAACUCACACUCAUAAAGAUUUGUUCUUGAAAGAGAAAAAAUAUACAUUUGACAGGGUAUUCAAGUCAUCUGCAAGUCAGCCCGCUCUUUACAAUAACGUUAUUGCUCCACUGAUUCCGGAUGUAGUCGAGGGCUAUAAUUGCACGGUUUUCACUUACGGCCAAACCGGUACAGGUAAAACUUAUACCAUGACCGGAGACAAAUGUAACUUGCAAAACAACUGGAAACAGGAUCCUGAUGCCGGUAUUAUUCCAAGGGCAGCUUUUCAUAUUUUCGAUGAACUGAACAAUAGGGCAAAUUAUAAUACAACAAACGUAACGAUUUCUUAUAUUGAACUGUAUAAUGAAGAAAUUCGCGACCUUUUGAGCGACGAUCAAGGAUUUAAUGUCCUACAAGUAUUUUCGGAUGUGAAAGGCAACGUUACAAUACCUGGAUUAAAGGAGUUUACAGUGGAUAGUGGAGAAGAAGCGUGCAAGCUCCUGCAAAAGGGCAUUUUAAAACGCCAAAUGGCUCCGACUCUCAUGAAUCACCAGAGUUCCAGGUCCCAUACUGUUUUCACUAUCACAGUGAAUACUCAAGAGAGCACCGAUUCCGGUGAUGACAUAAUAAAAACGGGUAAAAUUAAAUUGGUCGAUUUGGCUGGUAACGAGAACAUUGCUAGAUCAGGUUGUAAGGAUAUGAGAGCGACCGAAUUGGCUAAUAUCAACAGAUCUUUAUUGACAUUGGGCAGGGUUAUUCAUUCUUUGGCUGAUAAAUCUCAAAAGCAUGUGCCCUAUAGAGAUUCAAAGUUAACGAGGAUUCUUCAAGAUUCUUUAGGAGGAUGCACGAAAACUGUUAUAAUAGCUACAGUGUCUCCUGCACACGCCUAUUAUGAAAUUACCCAGAGUACGCUAGAUUAUGCAACCAGAGCAAGGGACAUCACAAACACCCCGUUAAUAAAUGAAAAGUUAACGAAGCAUCAAAUUAUUGAAGAGUUAACGAGCGAAAUCGAGAGAUUGCAGAAAGAUUUAGAUGCAGCAAGAAGUGGCACGGGUUUUUAUGUCGAUAAAGAAAAUUAUCAAAGAGUAUUAGAUGCCGUUAUGGCUAUUACCGGAGAACCGUUAACAUUGAGCGAAAUGGCGAAUCGUAAAGUCGAAAGAAUAAAAAGCUUAGAAGUAGUAUUGCAAUCUAAAAUUAAACAUUUCGAGGAGACCGUUAUACAGUGUAAGCGACACAAAGAAGAAUUAGAAACCGCUAAAGCCCAUCUCAAGGAAAAAGACAAUCUUAUAGAGCAGGAAAUGUACCUUUCCAAGUGGUACGAAGAUCAAACGAUGCAAAAAUUAGAAGAAGCGCAACAUUUGUUGCAAACAACAAAGCAGCUCAACAGCGAGAAGGAGAUUCUGUUAGCUAAAUUGGAAAAUAUGUUUGCUCUUAAUACGACUAACGACACUGUCAUUAAACAAGCUGUGGUUAAGGCGAAUAAUAUGUGUGAUAAACUCGAGAAAGGAGAGAGCGCAAGAAUCGGCUUGAUGCAGAAAAAGUGUAACCUAAUCAAAGAUGAUUUAUUGAGUUUGCCUAAAACUGUACAAAAUUCGACAGAUUCGCUGAAGGCCAAUAGCAAAAGUUGUGAUACUAAAAUCAGGGAAAGGAAAAAAAUUCUUUUGUCCGGUGUACAACAGUCUUUUGACGCGAUCAGAAAUAGUGCUGUAAUUUCCGGUACUGUAAUUGCUGAUUACGAUCGACAUUUAAACGAAUUUAAUAAUUCAAUUUGUCAACUGGCGGAUAAUUGUAAAAAUACUACAAAAUCGUUUCUUGAUGAAACUAUGACGGAAUUGAAGAGAACAAAAGCUUCACAUGACGACAUACUAUACAGUUGGGAAAAAGAUAUGUUGACGAGCAUACAAGAAGAUGAGAAUCACAUUAUCACAUUAAAGAAAAGGAGAGAAGAAGACAAGAAUCACCUUGCUACAAUUAUGAAAAGGUUAGAAGAAGAUGAGAACCAGAUUAUUACAUUUAGGAAAAGAAUAGAAAAAAAUAAAAUAUUGUUGAACAAUAUAAAAAAACCCAAAGACACAUUUUUAAACAUGGAAAUAAAUGUUAACAUGAGCUAUGCAAAAUCUGCUAAAGUAUUGGACAACUCCAUCGGACUUCCAGAUUUGAUAGAAAGUCAUAAAAAUAAUGUUCAAAAUUUUUUAACAACCGUUAAAGAAUUUGAUAGCAAAUUGUCUGAUUUGGCCUCAUUUAUUGAUGAUGAAUGUGAGACAUUAACAAAAUAUUCAAUGAACGAAUUGACUGAAUCCAUUCUAGACUCUUGCAAUGAUAUGCAAAACGAUCUGGAAGACAAAGUUAAAAACCUAAUCAAUGACAUAAGCCUAAUAAUAGAUAGUACCAACGUUCAGAGUGAAUCUUUUAAAAAAUUUGCUAUGGGUAUUAAGCAAACUCUACAAGAACAAAUAAUGGAUAAAAGUAUUAAACCACGUCACGAGGGAAAUACUCCUAUGCGGAAUUCAACUUCAGUUCCCUUAAAAAUUAAAGACGUAACCCCAAGAGAUGCUUUGUUAGCUAAAUUUAAGGAAAUUGUAAAGGAUCAACUUGAAAAAAAUGACGUUGAAAUUGAUGACGAUAGUUCAAGCAGUGCUUCUAGUGAUUUUUAAAACGCCGUUCCCUCUACAUUAUUUUAUUUUAUUCACGUAUAGAUUAAGGAACAUGUAAAUAUAAUAUAGUAUUUCAAGUGCAACAAAAUUCUUUAAACGAAAAGUUACUUCACUUAUUUUUAUAUAAAUUUUGAGAGUUUUAUAAAAUAUAAUAUACAUUCUACAAAGUGUGUACAAUUAUUUAGCGGUAAUUAAUAUCUGGUAUGUUUUGUUACAACUCCAAUAAACAAAUAAUCAGUUUGUUAUUAACAGUAUAUGUUAAAAAUAAC